UCAGCAUUACUCUUGAUCCGAAGGCAGCCCGCCCAUCAGUAAUCAUACAUCCAGGUUUGACUGGCCGUUCUUCUAUGGUGCCUUUUUCUUGCAUAUGUUGCGGAAAUCGGAGGUCAUAAAGUUGGGUAUCCAGUGCCAGCUGUAUAUUGUGCUGCUUAUGGAUAAAAAAUAUUACUGCGGAAGAGAUUUCCAUUGGCCAAACCAAAUUGGCGGAGUACAUGUUGCUAUGACAGCAGACUUUGGAUUUCCUCAGACAUGUAUUAUCUCAUCAAAGCCUAGAGACUUGGCUGGAUACGUUUGUGCAUUGUUUGCUAUUAACAUUCAGAGGCUCUGCCCCGCUUGUCCUUCAAAGAAUUUGGUUGAUUCUUGGUCCAUUCGCAAUAGAAAUACCGAUCACUUGCUUGCCUUUUUUAACCAGUACAAGCUUUACAACCUUUCCAUCUAAAAUUGAAUUGCUUCCGUCUUUUCUUCCAUUAGGUUUCUCUUAAGCGCUCCAGAGGUCAAAUAAAACUUUUCCUACAAAGAUUAAAGAGGGAAUGGAGGAGAAUUUCUCUCUCCACAUAUUCUCUAACUUAUGCUCAAC